CACUGCCCAUUUUCCUCAGCUUCACCAUCGGUUUACUGGUUCUCCCCUUGAAUCACCCUUCACCAUGGCUUCUGAGGACAACAGCACCGUCUACGUCGUCACUGGCGCCAACAGAGGCAUUGGUCUCGGCCUCGUCAAGAUCCUCCUCUCCCGCCCCUCCGUUACCGUCGUCGCCAGUGUCCGCAAUGAUGAUGCUGCUACAAGCCUUAAAUCGGACACUGACUCUGUCACCAAGGGCAGGAAUAGCUCCCUCAUCAUUGUCAAGCUCGAUUUCUCCAAUGCUCUCGCCCCUGAGCAGAUCCGCGAUGCCUUCACCGUCGAUCACGUCGAUAUUCUGGUCAACAACGCUGCCUUCUCCCCACCCAUGACCCUCGCGGCCGAGACUCCUGCCGACAAUCUUCGAGCGGCUUUCGAGAUAAACACCAUUGGACCUCUCACGGUCUUUCAGGGACUUUGGCCUCUAUUGCAGAAAUCAACGGCUCCCAAAGUGAUCAACGUCACUUCUUCCGUUGGCUGUAUCAAUAUCCAGGAAGGCCCCGGUGGUGCCUAUGGUCCCAGCAAGGCUGCCCUUAACUGGCUCACUCGUGCUCUGCACAUGCAGAACCAGGGGCUUGUGGCUGUUGCACUUCAUCCUGGCUGGGUUCAGACGCGCAUGGGAGAGCUGUGUGCCAGGGACUGGGGCUUUCCUGGUUCGCCCCCUGAGACCAUCGAGGGGUCUGUUGAGGGAAUGGUUCAGAUCAUUGAUGAAGCUACAAGAGAGAAGUACUCGGGCAAGUUUGUCACGUACAAGGGUCAGGAACUUCCUUGGUGAGGACGUGCCGGGACGCUUUGAAUAUUGUGGGCUGUUGGAGUGAUGAUACUAUAGCAGUUUACUUGUAGUAACAACUCCUUUUUAAAGCCGUUGACGGUCACGACGCAGAUCGAGUUGAAGAUAUAAUAAAGUAGUCGGUACUAACAUGGAUCCCUGUGUCAUUCCGGUGUACCAG